AUGCAGCAGACGCCCUUUCGCCCCGCCAACCCGAACCGGAGUGGCUCGUACGAGCUUCCUCCGGUGCAGUCGGUGACGGGCGCAUUCCCGUCCGCUCCGCCAAGUCGGCCGGACAGUGGAAUGCGAAUGGCCCAUCUGUUGCAGCCCAUGCUCCCGGUCCAGCAGCCCCAGGCGCAGCCCUUGCCCCCACCGCCGAUGGCUCAGGCGUCGGGCCGACCCCCCGGCCCGUCAACGUCGCCGUAUGCCCGGUUCUAUGACUCGGCCUCGGGGUCCCCUGCGGAGAGCGGUGGCCUUCCCGAUGCGCCUCCGAUGGGAUCACUUACAACUGGCCCGGGCCUCUACCAAAGCAGCCCGGUCGGGCAUCAACAGACGACGCCGACCGCGCUCCAACAGAAGAGGGCCUAUCGACAGCGCCGCAAAGAUCCUAGUUGCGAUGCCUGCCGCGAGCGCAAGGUCAAAUGCGACGCGACAGAGACGUCGCAUUGCACAGAAUGCAUCAACCGAAAGGUCCGGUGUCUGUUCACCAAGGAGACCAACCGACGCAUGUCUUCCAUCAAGCAGGUGCAGGAUCUGGAGAAGCAACUGCAAACAACCAAGCAACAGCUACAGCAACUACGAUCAGGCAUGCUCCGGCCAGAUGGGAUGAUGGACGUGGACGACGCAUCGACGACACCAAUGAUCAAGCUGCCCGAGAUUGAGUAUAAACCGUCGAGACGGCCCAAGGCACUGAUCACUCAAGACUUGUCAGAAGUGCGAUCAAACUUGCGCCAACACGGUCGAGGCAUUUUGAAAGUACCCCAUCCAUAUCAGCAACAAGGCUUGAAGUCGGUCGUGCCGGCCGGUGCGGCGCCACAACUGCCGCCAAAAGAGUCGGCCGACCAUCUACUGGCCCAAUAUUACCACUGUGUUCACUCCGUUCUGCCAGUCCUCCACUGGCCUGAAUUUACAGAAGAAUACGAAAAGGUGUACCGAACGGGCUCUCUUGUGGGGGUUUCCAGCGAAUGGGCAGCUGUAUUAUUCGGUGUUUUCGCAUGCGGCGCGGUCCAUACGGUUGAGCCGAAUCGAGAAGAAGAGGGCAAGAAGUUUGUCCGCAUCUCGUGCGGGAUCAUCGACGUGUGGCAGGACAGCUUCAACCUGGAUCGAGCGCGCGCAGCGUUACUGGCCAGCAUCUUCCUCUACGAAGUCAACUCCAAGUCAGCCAGCUGGGUCUGGAUUGGUUCCGCGGUGCGUGUGGCACAAGAGAUUGGGCUGCACAUCGAGUCUGGACCAUGGCCGGAGCUUGAAAACGAGAUGCGCAAGCGCCUAUGGUGGGGCUUGUACACCUACGACCGACUCCUCGCGCUCGAGAUGGGCAAGCCAGUCUUGAUUAACGAUCAGGACUGCGACAUCGACCUGCCCUGCCCCGUGGACGACGACUCCCACGCCCAAGGAAAACUCCCCGAAGACCAGCAAACGGUGCCAUCGCCAUUACUGGCCACCAUUCACGUUGUCCGAUCCAUCGGCCAGCUCACCCGCACCCUGCGCUCCACCUCCAUCAGCUACGCAACCCUCGAGACCUUCGAACGUCACUUCACCAUCUGCCGCACCACCUUCCCAACUCACCUGCAACUCAAACAAGACACAGACCUCGACCCCCGGUCCCUCGCGCCGAUCAUUUACCUCCAAAACGCCCGCCUCCUCCUUCACCGCCACAACAUCUCACCCUUCUGUCAACCCGGCGUUCGCAUCGCCGCAGUAGACUACUGUGUCUCAAUCGCCAUCGACACGGCUAAUAUCCUUUCGCGCUGUAUGCGGAACCACGCUGGCGCUGGGGACUGGCGAGCCCUGUUUGCGUCGAGCGCAGGGACGCUUCUCUGCACCCACAUCUGGCGCUGUGCGCUCUUCCUUCUCUUCCGGCAAGAAUUCGGCCCGGCCUUGGCUUGUGUGCAGGCUAGCGCGGCCGUGGGCGACGCUCGCGCCGCGAACGCCGCUUGUGGCCGGUACCUCGCGUUCUUCCUGCGAUGCCUGGUUGAUCGGUCCCAGCCGAGUGAGCUGAUGGACCCCGAGCCAAACGAAGUGAUAAUGGCAUAUCUCUCUGGGGAUAUGCAGGGCACCAGCGACGGCAGCUGGGUCUGGCAGGGGAGCGAGACGGGGGCAAAUCUGGAGAACAUCCCUGGGCCAGCUGCCUCAGCACCGACCCAGGCAGAAGGGCAAUGGGAGGGCUGGGAGUGGAUUGAAAAGACCGUUGCGCAUCUGCUUGGCGAAAAGCAGCAGCGCGACUAUGAGAGUCGUGAUCUUCCCAUGGAGAACAGGCCAGAGUCUUCGGCCAUGCUUGCGCCUGAAUCGGCGGAUUCGGAUAUGAUGGAGCGUCGGUCCAGCUCGGCUCAUUCGCGUAUGACCAUUGCGAGCAUUAUAUGA